AUGGCAUCUAAAAUGAAAGACAGAAAGAGAACUCCCAUCUCUCACAAAGUCAUUGAGAAACGAAGACGGGACCGCAUUAAUCGCUGCCUUAACGAAUUAGGAAAAACAGUACCAAUGGCACUGGCAAAACAGAACUCUGGAAAACUGGAGAAAGCUGAAAUCUUGGAAAUGACAGUUCAGUACCUGCGCGCGCUCCACUCCGCGGAUUUCCCUCGUGGGAGAGAAAAGGGUGAACUGCUGGCUGAGUUUGCGAACUACUUCCACUACGGAUACCACGAGUGUAUGAAGAACCUGGUGCACUACCUGACGACAGAGGACAGGGCUGAAACCAAAGACAUCAAGUACGCACGGAUCCUCGCCUUCUUACAGUCCAAGUCCCGUGUGGUCACCGAGCCUGUGUUCGGCUCCGUCGGCUCAAUGCCAGAACCGUCUGACUACCUCAGCCAGUUGCACUCCUCACCGGAGCACCAAAGCCACAGUCCCUCUGACUCCGUGUACCAGCAGAGUCCACCGGGACACUUCUCCUGGCACAGCUCGGCGCGCAGCCCGGGCAUCUCGUACCCAACAGUGCCUCUCUCUGCACACCCACAGCAGCACGGUGGAUACUUGUCACCGGUGCAGGGACUCGAUCACCACUAUUUCAACUUCAUCGGUCACACACACGCAAACACAUUCAGUUUGCACAGUGCGCAACACGCUAUGUAA